GAGUCGCGUAGCCGGCGUAGGCUCAGUUGGCAGCAGUACGCAUUGCGAGUAGGAUCUACCACCAUGGCCGAUAUUUCGAAGGAAGAGCUACGCAAGGAGAUCACCGCCAUCCUCAAGGAUGCCGAUCUCACUACAAUGUCUGCUAAAAAAGUGAGGCAACAAAUCGAAGAAAAACUUGAUGUUGAUCUUAUGGAAAGGAAAAAAGAAGUGGACGAUUUAGUCAUGGAAUGUCUUCAGGAAAAACAAGAUGGAGGAAAGAAAAAAAAGAAGGCUGCUAGUGAAGAAUCUGAAGAUGGUGAAGAAGAAGAGGAAGAAGGAUCCGAGGAGGAGGAGGAGGAGGAAGAAAAGAAGCCAGCUAAGCGAAAUCCUGCUAAGAAGGCUCCUAACAAACGCAAGAAGGGAUCCUCCGACGAUGAAGAAAGCGCUAGUGAUGAUGACGCUAGUGACGAAGAAUAUAGUCCAAAGAAACCAAAAGUCACACCUAAAAAAGUAAAAAUAUCUUUUUAUUUUAAUCCUGGAAAGAAGGGGAAGAAGAAGGGAAGUGACAGCGACAGUGAUGAGGAUUGGGGUAAAAACAAAAAAGCUCCAGGAAGCACAGCGAAGAAGGGUGGCGCCAAAGGCAAGGGAGGUGGUUACACACGCGCUAUCACGCUAUCUCCAGAACUUGCCGCGAUCGUUGGUGCAGAACAAAUGGCUCGACAUGAAGUCGUAAAGAAAGUAUGGAGUAUUAUUAAAGAAAGGAAUCUUUAUGACCCUAAGAAUAAACAGUUUGCGAUUUGUGAUGAGGAAUUAAUGAAGGUAAUCGGAGUAAAGCGUUUCAGAACUUUCGGUAUGAUGAAAUACCUCAAAAAUCACUUUGUAGAUUAAAUCAUUCUUCAAUCCCGAUCUCCGACAAGUUAUAUACAUAUAUAACAUAUUCCAGGGUGCAUCUCGUGCAUCUCUUCAUCUUUCUCACACGAUACAUACAUAUACAUAAAACACAAAGGUAUUUCUUGCGACUUAAGACUUUAGACCAUGUUUAUACCAUUCCGACAUACUCUGCCGCCCAUUGUAACCAUUUUGUCCCUCUGAUUACUGUAAUAUCAUAUUGACCUGUAGGUAUUGUUAUAGAUAUGACUUCCGACAAAUAUGUUGGGAAUAGCGUUUGAAUAAUAUCACAUGUAAUCAUGUAUGUUCUUUGAUGGGGCUUCAUUUAACAUUGGGACAAUUGUUACCAUGGACGUUCAGAUAUUUUCGAAAUGAUCAACAUUACAGUGGCCAAUAGUCAAUAAGCUGGUUUUAAGUCAUCUAAUUCAAAAUAAAUGUUAUAUCAUUUGUAUGGUCGUCAUUAAUAACAAUAUCUUACUCCUAAUGCAGUAACAUGGCGCGUCAUUAUAACAACGGCAUUAUUAAAUGACAAAUUAAAAAUUAAAUUUAUAUUUGAAAAUAAUUCUUUUGAAAUUUGAGAAGUUUAGUUUUAUUCCGUGACAUUUCAACUAACCUAUUUGUCGUAUUGGCGGCACAGUUGCUUUCAAUGUUUGAACAUUAGAAAAAUAUUUUAUGUUAUUAUCAAAGAUGUUAACGCGAUUCACUUUUUAGAACAAAAAUCUGUAAAAUUAACACUAGAUUAUGCAUGAUUUGUUGUUCGUAUGAGAGUAACAUGAAUGAAGAAGUGUCAAGUUCGUAUCGGUUGUAUGUCAGAACGGUUUUCUCAUGAAAUCAAAGGGUGCGAAUUGUCACAAAUUAAUUAAUCUGAUGUUGAUUUUAUAGUAUUUUUGUCAUUCCUUUAUCCUUUUUUAUAUUGAAAGUACUUCUGGAAAAUGGAUGUAUUAGAAUAACAGAGUUUGCCUCCAGAAUGAGGGAAAACGUGAGAACGUUUAAAAAAGAGAGAGAGAGAAAUUAUGCGGAAAAUUAACAUCCUGUACCUCUUCUGUAUAAUAGCUACAUUAUACACAAGCAAAUGUAAGCAAAGUUUAAUUGUAUUAUCGUGUAAUUACUAAUUAUUGUCGUAAUAUAGGUUUCUUGGUGUAAAAAUUGAAUCUAACGUUUAAGAUUAAUGCUAAAACAAUAUAUUCACUGAAGGUAUCUUAUAAGCAUAUUAAAUGAUUAAAGUCACAGUGCAGCGAUCACUGACUGUUGAAGUGUAGGAAAUAAAAUACUAGGCUCACGAAGCGAGGUGCGGAUUCUUAAUCGCAUACAUCUAUCUGAGCUUCGACAUAUGUAAAAUUCGUGUAUUUUGAAUAUAAAUUAAAAAGAAAUGCUGGCCUAAGUCACGAGGAAAGCCACACGAAUAUCAUUGCAGUUGAUGAUAACGAAAGCACUACAUGCAUAAAAUGCUAUAUGGAUGAAAUGAUAAAUUAGGAUACCAACUAAAUUCUUUCAAAGCAAAAAAAA